AUGGCCGGGAAGGUGGCGCUGCUCCUGUGGGCCCAGACCCUCGGCCUCGCUGGUGCCCAGACCACCCAGCUCCUGGUGGAGCCCCUUUGGAGGCCGGCGGUGCUAUGGGACCAGGUGACACUGACCUGCCAGGGCUUGGGGACCGCCAAAGCCAUGACCUGGUACAAGGAUGGGCGGUGCUGGGGGCAGCAGGGACAGGACCACGUCACUGUCAGCCAGAGUGGCACCUACAGCUGUGACAGUCCCGGCACUGGGCUCAGCCCACCUGUGAACUUCUUAGUCGACUGGCUGGUGCUACAGGUGCCAGCACAGGCACUACUGGAGGGGGACACAGUGACACUGCGCUGCUGGGGCCGAUGGAACAACCCAGUCACCUCGGUGUCCUUCUACCGUGAGGGGAAGGAACUGGAAGGGCUCCACGAUGGGACUAAGCUGUCCCUCUCCCCUCUGCAGCUGAACCACAGUGGCCGAUACCACUGCAAGGGCCAGGUGGACUCAGAGGUGAGGAGGUUUUGGAAGGAGUCCGCGCCGGUGACAGUGACAGUGCAGGGGGUCCCGCCCUUGCGGGUGUCCCUGUUGGUGGAGCCCCCCAGGGGACAGGUUUCACCUGGGGACCGCCUAGGGCUGAGCUGUGCGGUGGCAGUGGGGACAGGUCCCCUGUCCUUCUCCUGGCACCGGGAGGGCUCAGGGGCACUGCUGGGAACCGGCCCCCACCUGGAGCUGCACCACGCUGGGGACAAUGACAGCGGUCAGUACUGGUGCUGGGUCAGUAACGGGAACAGCGUGGCCGAGAGUGACCCCCUGAAUGUCACCGUCCUGGUGCCCAUGGCCAAUGCCACCAUCACCCCUGGCCCCCUGGCACACCAGGUGCAAGCAGGUGACAACGUUACCCUGCGCUGCUCAGUGCACGUGGGCUCAGCCCCUGUCACCUUCACCUGGCUGCACAAUGGGCAGGAGGUGGCCCGAGGUCCCCUCCUGGACCUCGGGGACAUUGAUGUGGGACAUUCGGGCAUCUACCAGUGCGUGGCCACAAACCUCCUGGGACAGGACAGGCACCGCGUGUUCUGGGCACUCAGCCCAGAGCUGGCCCUGGAGUGUCAUUGUGGCCUGGCGCCAGUGGCACUGUAUGGGGCUCACCCGGAUCCCCCACCCCUGCCAGAGGAGUGGGAGGUGCUGUACACCCACGUCAUGAUCACCAAGAAGGCAGGAGCAUCCCCCCAUGCCACCACCCUCCAGGAUCCCCAGGUGAGCUACGCAAAGCUGCGGGGACUCCAGGGACGACCGCGGGAACCCGGUGAUAUCUACGGGAAUGUGCUGUGA